CAGUCCUCCCCGAGAGGCAGGAGCUGAGCCUCCAGGGACAUCCGCUUUCCCAGGGACCCCCCCAGUUCUCCUGCUGCUCCCGUCCCUGAGCAUGACCCCAGCCGGCUCCCCCGAAGAGAGUGGGGACCACUCGGGCUCCUCCUGGCCACCUCCAGCCAGGCUCUCCCCGGUCGCCGUCUCCAGCCCUCCGGAUGAGGCCGCGGCGGCUGCCUCGAAGGCUUCUGCUGGCCUUGAUGAGAGCAAGGAGGAGCCCUGGGCUGAAGCGUCGGAGGAGGAGCAGGAACCGACUCUGAGGACAACGGUGCCAGCUGCAGACAAAGGAGGGCACCCGGAGGCCGUCCCCUCUGGAGGCCCUUUGGGCUUGAACUUCUUCAGCACCCCCUUCCUGGAGGCCUCCUUGACUACUACCCACCCUCGGCCAGUUCUGCCCACUGAAAGUGCCAGCCUUGGAGCAUCUGGCAGCGUGUCAGACACCUGCGUGCCGAACCCCUGCAGGAACGGAGGGACUUGCACAGAAGGAAGGGGGCGCCCGGGGUGCCUCUGUCUGCCGGGAUACGGAGGGGACGCCUGCAAUGUCAGCCUGAGGAAGUGCCAGCCCGGCUGGGAUGCCUUCCAAGGAUUCUGCUACAAGCAUUUCUCUGCCCGGAGGAGCUGGGAGGAUGCCGAGACCCGAUGCCGAGAGCACGGGGGGCACUUGGCCAACAUCAUGUCUCCAGAGGAGCAGAGCUUCAUCAACAAUCAGUACAAAGAAUACCAGUGGAUCGGCCUGAACGACCGCACGAUUGAAGGGGACUUCCAGUGGUCCGACGGGAGUCCUCUGCUCUACGAGAACUGGCACAACGGGCAGCCGGACAGCCACUUCCUCUACGGGGAGAACUGCGUGGGCCUCUCCUGGCGAAAGGACGGGAAGUGGAGUGACGUCCCCUGUGGCUACCAUCUGCCCUUCACCUGCAAGAUGGGACUGAUCUCUUGCAGCUCCCCUCCCAAAGUGGCCGAUGCGCAGAUAUUUGGCAAACCAAAGCAGCGUUACGAAGUCAACUCCGUCCUCCGAUACUGGUGCCCAGAAGGCUUCCUUCAGCACCGCUGGCCCCUCAUUCGCUGCCAGGAGAACGGCCAGUGGCAGCAGCCGCAAUUUGCCUGCAGCCCCCCAGAGUCCUAGAGGCCGGCUGCCCCAGCCCAGGGGCCCUGGGGAACUUUGGGGAGCCGGGGGCUUCUCUGGGGGGGAUGGAGCCCUGGGUGCCCCAGCAGGGUGGGACAGGGGUGUUGUGGGAAGGGGCUCCCGAGUGCAAACACUCAUUGCCAUGGGAACUGAGGGGGUCCGGAAGUAGAAGGCAGGGGAGGGCUUCCUAGGGCAGCAGGAAGGGGGGGGAGGGCAAGCCUCUUUCUACUGAGGGCAUGAGAAAGGGGAGCCUGUAUGUCAGGGGCUGCUUUGCCCAUCUCUUCCCCAUUCUCCUGCUAUAAGUGAUGUGCCUACGCCCCCCCCUCCAGCCCCCUCCCCCCACAGGGCAAAUUAAAAGAGACCUUUAAGAUUCGUGAUCUAGUACAGAGGGAGGAGAAUGUGGUGCCUUUUGCUCUUACUCGUUGUUGUUUUUUUACGUUAUUAUUAUACUGUCUGUGUACACAUAAAGAUAAUCUAAUAACUAAAUGGUUCUUUAAACAGACUUUUUAAGGGUGGCCUCCUUUCUCCCAUCCCCCGUGGGGGCUGCCCUUCUCACCUUAUAGCUAACUCUUCAAACCCACAGCUCUCCCCAAGAGCCUUAAACCCCACCCCG